UUCUCGCUGCUGGGCUUCGCGCAGGGCCUGGUGUGGAACACCUGGGGCCCAAUCCAGAACUCGGCCCGCCGCGCCUUCGGCUUCGGCGGCUGGGACAUCGCGCUGCUCGUCUUCUGGGGGCCCAUCGGCUUCCUGCCCUGCUUCGCCUUCAUGUGGCUCCUGGACAAGAAGGGUCUGAGAGUAACGGUGUUGUUAACAUCCUUCCUCAUGGUACUGGGAGCUGGCCUAAGAUGCAUACCAGUGUCAGACCUAACAAUAAGGAAAAGACUGAUUCAUGGAGGGCAGCUGUUAAACGGAUUGGCAGGUCCCACUGUGAUGAAUGCUGCUCCAUUUCUCUCCACUACAUGGUUUUCUCCAGAUGAGCGUGCCACUGCAACAGCUAUUGCAUCCAUGCUCAGCUACCUUGGUGCAGCAUGUGCUUUUCUUGUGGGACCUUUGGUAGUUCCAUCUCCUAAUGGAACAUCACAUCUUCCACUUGCCUCGGAAAGUAGCACGGAGCAUAUCAAGGACCGCAUUGAAGCUGUCUUGUAUGCAGAAUUUGGAAUGGUCUCCCUGAUAUUUUCUGCAGCACUAGCCUAUUUCCCAUCACGCCCCCCAUUUCCUCCCAGCGUGGCUGCAGCCAGUCAGCGCCUCAGCUAUCGCAGAAGUUUUUGUAGGCUCUUAAGCAAUUUCCGUUUCUUGAUGAUUGCCUUAGCCUAUGCUAUACCAUUAGGCGUGUUCUCUGGCUGGUCUGGCGUUCUGGACUUGAUAUUAACACCAGUUCAUGUCAGUCAAGUGGAUGCAGGCUGGAUUGGCUUUUGGUCUAUAGUUGGAGGCUGUGUGGUUGGCAUAGCAAUGGCAAGGUUUGCAGAUUUUAUCAGGGGCAUGCUGAAACUUAUACUUCUGCUGCUAUUAUCUGGAGCAACACUAGCAUCCACCUGGUUUACUCUCACCUGUCUAACUAGUGUCACUCACCUGCCUUUAACUACAGCCACACUGUAUACAUCCUGCAUUUUGCUAGGAGUGUUCCUCAAUAGCAGCAUACCUAUAUUCUUUGAGCUUUUUGUGGAAACAGUCUAUCCAGUUCCAGAAGGAAUCACAUGUGGAGUUGUCACCUUUUUGAGUAAUGUGUUCAUGGGCGUCCUUUUGUUUUUCCUCACGUUUUACCAUACAGAGAUUUCUUGGUUCAAUUGGUGCCUCCCAGGGUCAUGUUUGCUCAGUCUGCUCCUUAUUCUGUGCUUCAGGGAAUCCUACGAUCGACUGUAUCUUGAUGUCGUCGUCUCAGUUUAAAAACACAGAACUGGUGGAGUUGUGGAAGGGACUGGGAAUCCAUGUUGCGUUCUGCACAUUUGCUUGGAAUUGCACAGCUGAACGGAGGAAAAGCUACAAAAUGUUAAAUGCAGUUUUAUUCAGUUUUGAAGAUUAUUUUUUUUUAAAAUGCCCUUUUGAUCUUUAUCACAGCCAGAUAACCGGUGUCAGACUUGGAUGGGAAUCAGAGCACCAGUGUCAGAACUGAUAUUUAAUUUAAAAGGCUGUACCUGUUGCUAUUAACUGUGCAGAUAUUUGUGCCAAUUCAAGAUUGCGUGAGGUGUCUAUACGGACCAAGGCACCAGUAAUCUUUCAGUCUUCUCUCCAAAUAAGAAUAGCUGAUAAUCUUUUCAAAACUCGAUUAACUUUUAAAUUAGUAACUAAUUUAAUUGUUAAAUGCCCAGUUGUAGCAGAAGCUAAAAUAAUGUGGUGCUUAUAAGCUAUAGUUGUGUUUCGAUAAAAGCCAUUUCUGUAAGAAGAUGCUGGUUUUUUGGUCUUUAACCAUUUUGGAUACUCUUAAUGGACCUUGCACUGUUGUUGAAAAAGCUUAAUUUUUGCCCCAGAGCCAGAGUGCAUUCAAUGAUUGGUGUAAUAAUAGCUAGGCAAUAGUUAUCACUAAAAUCUAGUGAUAGCUGACAGUAGCAUCUGUAAUGCUGCAGUUGUUCUAUCCACUUAAAACAGGAAAUAACUGGUAUUUUGGAAGUUUGCAAUAUAGUCACUGUUGGUAAAUGUUGAUAUUCUAAUGGCCAUCACUACUACCCUUUCAUCUCCAACUAAUACCGUCUUUCACCGUAAAACCCUAUUUCAUGCCCCUCGGUACUGUAGGUGUACAGCUUCCAAUUUGGGGAGUUCUUUGUUGAGCAGAGACUGCAGUCUUAUAGUGCAUGUAUGAUUUUAAGAUUAGUUUACAGUGUAAGGCUGUCUAAAUAAUAAUGUUUUCAGAUACCCAGUUCUAUAAGUGUUCUCUUCCUGAAAAGUUUUCUGACUUUCUGACCUACCCUUGUUAUUAGCAAAAUGGCAAAUGAUGUUGGGAUAUUCGUGACUUAAUUUAACACAACCUGGGAACUACAACACCAACUUUUUUUUUUUUUAUCAGUACUAAACUUUGGCCAUUGUGGCCCUUACUUGAACAUAAAUAGUAAAGGUACCUUUGAGUAGUUUUGUCACUCAGUUUCAAACCUUUUAGGAAUUUCUGAAUUUUAUUCUUAGUUUAGUUCAACAUUAUUUGCAGUACUUCCACUCUGAGUGUGCUCUGUUUGUUUAAUAUUUGUGUGUGUGUCUAUAAAUACACACAUUAAUGUAUAUGCAUAAACAUGUAUAACAUAUAUCUAUAUAAUAUAAGUUAUAGCAUGUGUGUGCAUAUAGACUUAUUUUAAAAUAAUGGUGGGUGCAGAGCCACUGUUUGUAACCAAAGCAGUCAUUUCGGCAAAUGAGGUUGCAAAAGCAUACCCGCCACAACGUGAAUUUUAUUACACUGAGUGAAUGUUUUCUUAAUGUGGCUAUUUUAUAUAGAGUGUAUGUGUGCAUGUUUGAGGAUGUUGGCAUGUAAUGUUCUGCUUCAACGAGAAAUCUAAAUCAAACGCCCUCUGCUCCUGCGAGGGGCUCUGCUCCAUCACUCUUGAGUAAUACAGCCACCGUAACUCAUAAAAAUAAAACCUAAUCAGUGCAUUACCCUUCAGACAUGUAUCAGUUCAGUCUGUCUGCCUCUCUUUCUGCUGAGAGAAUAUUUCAUUAAUAUUUUCAGCUCAAAACUCUGCUUGUGCAGUAAAACAAAAUAACUAAUUUCACAGCAUCUGCUUUUAUUGUUUUCAGACAAAUGGACAUAUAUAUACACUCAUAAGUAACAGGGUGCUAGGACUGGGUUUAUUGGCUACAUCAGAUGCUAAAAGAGCAGAAUCCUUCCUUGAAAGGCACCGUUCAUAAACAAAUUGAGCCACUUGGCAUUGAGACUUUUUAAAUAAAUGAAGCCAGCACAUUUUGAGCAACCAGAAGCAUAUUUUAUCAUCGUUUCAGGUUUUUGGUGCAAAGGCACAACCAUCCAACUUUCUUGGCUUUGCUUCACUGUUUGAAACAGCAUCAGUACCCAGAAGCUCCUGUUACCCAUUGUCUCGUGCAAAGCUACAAAAUACAUUCAUGCCAAGAAUUCUAGUUUACAGGUGCGAUGCCAGGACAGAGUGGUAAUUCUGGUUUGGUCCUUUUGAGACCUGCUUAGCAACCUGCUGCAGCUAUAUUGGAAUUAAACCUGCACACUUUCAGGCACCUUGCUGAGAAGCAGAGACUCUCAUUUUCUCUACCACCGUGAUCAUUGUCAGAUGGAAAAACACUCCAUGGCUUUGCUCCAAAAUGCAGUUUCCAUAAAACCAAAUAGGCCAGUAAGAUUCUACCAGAGCACUAUACUUUAUUGCUACAGAUCGCAUCCUGCAGCCCAUAUGCAGCCAAGUCUAAGGGAAAUUUCUUCUAAGUAAAAACAAGAUCAGUUCUUCACUAUGUAAAGUUCCAUGAUUGAUAAGACUGCUGCUGGGAUUCAUUGAAAUAAAUGUUCAGGUUUGUGGACUUGGGGAGAAGGACAUCUAGGGACGAGGACUGGGGAAUAAAAUAUUUCAACUUUAAAAUAUGCUUUCUGAGAUGUUUAAAAGAGUUCAGUCAUUAUCCUAACUAAAGCCAUGGGGAGUUUUCCUGAAUAAGACUGUUGAAUCAUGUCGCCUGUUUUAUUUAUUUAUUUAUUUUACUUUCAUAUAGGUAAAAACUAUUGUGGUGACUUGAAUUUACCAAAAGUGAGAUUUUUUUUUUUUCUUGCUGUAGUGAGAGAGCUUUGAACAUUGCUGAAAUGUUAAUCUUCAGUAGUCCCAAGUCAUAUUCAGAAAUGAAAUAUUUUUCCAUUUUCUUAUUGGCCAACAGCAGAGUGCAAGUGCAGUUCUUACCUCUGUAAUUUUGGAGUAACAAUGGACAUGUUUUCUUGUCUGGCCAGGGCGUAAUCAUGUAUUGCUGUUGACUGAUUAGAACCGAACACUUCCGUACCAAAGUAAAAUUGACUUCUCAAUGGGAAAGUGCUUUGAGAAAUGACAGUACUCCCUUCCUAUUUUAACUCAGAGUCACUUUUCAUGCUAAAAGCCAGAAGAGCAAUUCUGCAAAGCCACUAAAAGAGGGACAAUUAUGCUGCAGUUUGUAUUGAAAAUGCAAGGAAGGAUGCUUUGCAGUGACCAUUUCUCUUGUAACAGGCCUUCAUUUUAAAUAGGUAGUUACAGUCUUGGCUGCACCUCCCUUUUUUUUCACUUGGAGCCUUAAUAGCUUUAAAUUCAACUUCCAGCUCUGCUGCCUUUUUCCUUUGGCUGACUCCUCAGCUCUGCUGCCUUUCAUGCUGCUAACGAGGCAGAUAAGGGUUAGAAGACGGGCUUCACUUCCAUCCCUGCUUUCUGAUUCUCUUCACUUCCCAACCCUCACGAUUCCUUUCUCUGUUAAUAGCUCGUUCUGUUUUAAAUGCGUGUCUAUGCAAAGACUUCCUGAAUUCCCAGUCAGGCCUAGAAAGGUUGGCCAAGACAGCUAGUCAAUAAUUUUAAACAUAGUUAUUUUCUGUUUUUAGGAAAUCACUGAAAAGAGCACCAUUUCACACGUCUUAGCAUGUUCUUUGCAUUGUGUUCUCUGUAGUGUCAACAUGAGCGAAUUAUUAAAGCUACCUGGAAAUAGCAGGCAAUAUUUGUGGUAGUUCUCACAGGAAAACUAUAUUCACUAAAUGGCCCAAGUGUAUCAUGGAGCUUCCAACUUGGGAAUUUAGCAAAUGUCCAGAUGGUACUAUUGGAUAUCAGAUUAUACUGAAGUAGUUUUAUCAUCUGGAGAAUAUUAACAGAUGUGAGUUUAUGGAGAACUAUCCAACUAAGCAGGGAGCGAAUGCAUAGUCUUACAUUGUAAAUACAUCAAUAAAAGGGAUUGAUCUACAUGCAAAAUAUUGGUUGCUGUUAGAAAGGGAAGAGUUCCUAGAUUUGUUAGGACUGACUAUCAUUGGAAUAUGAUGAGGACUUGGACAUCUUAUCCCAUGUGUUUUAGACAUCCUGUUAAGCUGUGAGAGCAGCAGCAAUUUUUCCUCAUUGAUAAAUCUUCACUUUUCAUAUUGGGUCAUGUUUUUUAUCUGGAAGAAAAUCAUGCAGUCACUAGCUCUUGUAGUAGAGAUGUUUCUGGGUGCUAUUUUGUAUAUUUUAUUACGUGCAUUAGGCUCUGACUAAUUCAUGAUGAUGGUUUGGCAGGGCACCUGCUGGGUUGGUUGGUGUAGCUCUGGGAAUGUAGUUAACAUUUUUGAAUGAAAUGUCAUUGUUUUAAGCUGUAGAGCACCUCUCACUAUUUAGUGGAAUUUGCAGGCAUGCCCUCAUCAAUAGGGUUGAAUGCCAACCUUAUUUAAAAUAAAUGGGAACUUUCCCAUAGCCUUCACUGGGUCCAGAAUAUGGAGCAGGGUCAGAAAAUUUAGCAAUCAUAAAGAAAAGAACUCUAAGAUCUUAAUACUUUCAUCACUCCGAUCAACAGAGUCAGUGUUCAAGUUGAUUUCUAGACCACCAGGGAGUAUGUAAUAUCACAGGUGUCAAGGCAAGAUUUAUUAGUUUCUUUACAGAAAGCCCAUGUAGUUGAUAAGGUGAUGGUUAAUCACAGACUUUUACACAACGGUGCUGUCCCAGUGCACAUAAGACACAGAAAAAUUCUCAUUGUAUUAUUGGAGACAGCACUGGAAUAUUUCUGUGCGUUUCAUCAAGGAGCGCUGCUGCCAGCAGCUUCAAAUUUCUGUUUCAGUGCAGGUUGAGAAGGCCACAAUAAAAUCAGAAAAACAUGUCAUUCUGCUUUUACCAUUUACAGUUCCUGUUUCAAGGUAGAUAAAACAAUAAAAAAUGAAGAUGAAAGCUCUUCUUUGUCCUGAGUUUCAACAAGCAAAAGCAAAUAUUUGGGCAAGUAUUUGCGCUCCUGUUUUUCACCCUGCAUCCUUGCCGUAUUUGGAGCAAUGCGUUCUGAUAUGAACUUCUUCCAAAUACCAUCGGUGCACAGUGCGCUUGCAUGCUCUUUUGAAUAGAUCUGCAUAUAGGUAGUAAGCAAAGUGAACACCAUGCAAUCAUUUGUACACCUAGCUGGCAUUUGGGGCAGCCUCCAUUUUUUGAUGACCCCCCUGGAGACCUCUGAUAAAGGGACUGGGUUUUCAGGAAAUAAUUUUCACCCUCUUUGAAAAAUUUCAAGGGAAGUGCCUAAAAAUCCUAGGUCCCACAGAAUCCAGGCACUUGAGGAGAACUUUACUACUUUUUUGUUUUUAGCUAGGCCAAGAAAAAAUUCGUCACCUAUUCCUGUAUCACUGGUUCCUCUUCUCCACCUGAACAGGUGGUGCACUUGCACAUUACAGUUUAGGAAAUGUGAUUGCUUAGUUGGUGGGUGAAUUGUUAACUGUGUCUGGUCUACAUUCAUCCUUGAACAAUUUGCUGAGGUGACAGUAGUUGGCCCAGCAGCCAGGAGAGUGGGUAUAAAUUGUUUGCUUUCCUUG